AUGGCUGUUGUCGCCUAUAAUUCCUCUUGUCUAUCGGUAGAAACGCAGCCCAAAUACCAUCCAUCAUUCUCCUCCCCCGAUGCAGAUAUAGUGCUCAGCUCCUCGGACAACAUCCUAUACCACGUAGAUGCGUGUACCUUGCGCACCACUUGUGGACUUUUCGGAACAAUGUUCUCAAUUCCACAACCACAAACGAAAUAUGCCGGCCAGGAGGAGGACUCGAAGGGAGCUGGUUGUAGACGUGAGCCGGAGCCGAUCCCCACGUAUGAACCUGCCGCUACACUCACCCCUCUGCUCUUGCUUCUCUUCGGUCUACCCCUUCCCAAGUCGAUACCCAGCUGGUCGUACGACGACAUCGAGCGAAUCCUGACCCUGGCAGAAAACUGGGACGCGCAGGGGCCGAUAUCCUUUAUUCGUGGGGCACUUUCAUGUCCCCGGUUUGUCGAAACAGACCCGUUGAGGUUAUAUGCGAUAGCUGCGCACUUUGGUUGGGAGGAAGAGAUGAGAUUGGCGGCCAAAUUUACGCUGCGGAUCGACAUGUUCAAUCUAUCCGACGAGCAGGAAGAGGUGCUCGCCAAGAUAUCAUCGAAGGAUCUCCUUCCGCUUCUGCACCUCCGUCGCAAGCGAACGAUGACGUUCAGAGCGCUCAUUAACGACACAGCACGUUUCUCGGCAGGGAAUGAUGACGGCUAUGUUUGCGGUCGGUGUGGGGUAACGAAACUGGAUAACAGGACAUGGAGGGAAUUUAGGGAGGCACUGACGCUGGAAAUAGACCAAAGGCCACUGGGCGAUGGGCAAGUUGGUAUCGGCUGCAUGUCGUGGGCGGUGGCGGAGAGGUGCUGGGCAGCCAGGUGUCAAAGGGCAGGCUGUCGUGCGGCAAAUUACGAUCGACUGACGACGCUGAAGGAGAUCAAGAAUUGCGUCGACGAACUUCCCUGGAUGUGA